AAAUUUUUUGCAACUAGAGGCGCCACUAGUAGUGGCUUUUUCCUUUCCUCAUUUUUUCAUCAAACAAAAUGGCUGCCUAGUUGAAUGUGAGAAAUUGUUCCAAGUAAAUUUCGUUUUCUACAAUGGAGAAAUUAAGUGCAAGUGUUGAAAAGUUACAUCAAGUGAAAUCUGUGAAUUUGCUCUGUUCGAAAAGUAAGAAAAAAGCCCGGAAAUUGUGCUACAAAGGGGUGAAAAGUGUGAAGCAAUUCCAUCAAAAUCCACGCAAUCAGAAUUUGUGUCGCUGCAGAAAAAACAUUUUGAUUGUUGGUACCCAAGGACAGAGAAUUUUCCUCAAUAAAAUACGAAAUAUCUUUUCAAUGCGUAUCUUGAGCCACACAACGAGAUGGCUUGAUUGAAAUUAGACAAUAUGUGUACAAAAAGAGGGACUUUUUGGGAUUGCAUUUCGGAAGUGAAUCAAUCCAAAUAGAAAGUGUUGUGUUUUUUUUGUUUUAAGUGCGCGGGAAAUUUUUUGGCGUGGAAAAUCACCAAGAAAAAGCAUAAUAUCCCAUUAGGAGACACACAAGAUGGAGAAUAAAUUUGGUAGAAGUACCUUUAGGACAUCCUUCUGGGGAUCACAGUAUCAACAGAAUCGAGCUAGCUCGACAAUUUGCAUGUUUGAGGAGAAAUCUCCCAAAGAGAUGGAGUGUUUGUUCAAGGGGACAGAUACCCUGCCAGAAGCCAUUGUGCUUGGGCUAUUGGAUGUGCAAAAGCAGCCUGAAGAACCUCAGAGUCGCAUGGCAAACAUUAGAGCUGCCUGUGUGCCACUCUUUAACACAGUCCGGGACUUUUUCCGGAAAAACCUGACCAAUUUGGUCCCUGGACCUAGAGAAGACUGCACCACUGACUUUAGCAAUUCGUCAGUUUAUAUGGGCCUGGUUACAAGCCUACCAUCACCAAAGGCUGAACCACAAAGUCCGCAGAGUGACCUGGUAGAUCUGAGCAAUUUCACUGUCAUCCACACAGUUGAUCCUUUGCCCCAAAACCCAGAAAAAACCAUCGAUAUGACUGACAAGAGCCCAAUGCCAGAACAAUCCAAAGCCAUCACCAAAAGUGACCUCAAUGUGGGCAAAAUUCCCACGAGGCGUCAGAAGAGAAAAACUUGCCAGAAUACUCAAAAGUCUCGGAAAACCAAGCACACCAGGGAGAAGAUGAGGAAGAAUGUGAUCUGGGACAUAAAGGAUGAGCUGUAUAGUGAGGAGGAUGCAGAAGAGGACUUUGAGGAUGUUCUAUCACAAGAAAUUUCCUCAUCCAUUGAAGAUGGCAAUACUUCCCUGUCGCCUCAUGCAUCAGACUAUGUCUGUGAUUUUAUUGCCUCAAUCCCCUCCUCACAGCCCUGCAAACCAUCCCCAUGCGCAUUUGUGAAGAAUGUUCUGCGUAUGGACAUUCCCUUCUCGCCAAAGAGGCGUCCCACGUCUAGAAAACCGUCAGCUGACUACGACAGUGACGACAGUUUCAUAAUCUUUGGCACACCAGACAGCACAUCACCGUCGGCGUGCGAUCGAAUACCCAAGUUCCGGGCCUGCGACAGGCGACGACGACUGUCGGAGGAGAGUGACGAUAGCUAUGUCAUGUUCCUGGACGACAAAAACUGCCCCGAUUAUCCCUCAGACUGCGACUCUGACGAGACGUCGUCAGAGGCAUCAGACAGCGAAGAUGACGAAACCUAUCCCAUUCAACUGGAUUCGGGUUUUGAAGAACGAAAGGUGCGUUUCAAUUUGAAACCGGAAAUUCAUGUGAUCAGAGCGUGGGAUUUUGCGUAUAGGACAGCAAGGAAGGGUCACUGGGAGCAAGUGGCCAGGGAUAGGGAACGCUUUGGGAAGCGUAUUUUGAGCCUUGGUCAUGUGCUUAGUCCAAUUCUCGAGAAGAGUCAUCGUGAGAAGAUGUAUCUGGAGCGAUUUCGUGACACAAAUUCGGUUGAAUGAUUAAUAAGAAAAUUAUCAUUUUGGAAUUUAUCUCAAAAUUACCUUUGGAAGAGAAAGAGAAAAUCUAGGACAAGUGCAACAUUUUGAAAUAUUUGCACAAAAGAAAAGGGAGGAACAGGAGAAAAAAAUCACAAAAUUUAAAAAGGAUAUUAUGCAGUUUCUUUAAAUUACCACUAAAAUAUAUUUAGCAAUUAAAAAUUUUUAAAAUUAAAUGUAAAUAAAAUAUAAGUAAAAUUAGAAGUAAUAUAUUCUUAUCAAUGGGUUUUUAAUUAAAACUUUUAUUGUUGAAAAAAAAAUUAAUGUAAAUGCUUAGGGAAAUAAAAAUGUAUAUAAAUUAUGCUAAAAA